AGUGAAAGCGCAGCUGCUUCGCUCCGCCCCGUGACUGGGGCGAAGCAAAGAGCGUUUGUCCCUUUGCAUCAGCACUCUCAGAGGCUUAAAACCAGAGAAGCGAGAAUGCUUGAAAGACAAGGGGAUAAAGUUCCAUUUCCUCCCGUAAAAUUGUGUGGAAAUUAGCGAGUCUUUAGAGACUAAAGCGACUGAAUAAGAAGGGAGGGUUUUGUGGAUGGAGUAUAUCUUUGUAGCGAGGAGAGGAAAGCAUUGUCCUCAGUGGAGUAUGGCACAACGCGAGCCUUCUUUGCAUGGAAAGGAAGCGUCAACUUUAUAUACGUUUCAGCGUGAAGCGUUUUCACUUCGUUAAUGUGGAUUGGACGCGCCCUUGCUAGCGAAAAAGCAAGACAGAAGUGACCAGCAAGGACCGGGACAACACUCGUCUUCAGGUCGCGCAACGUGUACGCGAAAGUACUUUGCAGAUGUUAGAUAAUAACGGUAAUCUUUAUAUAUAUAUAUUUGUAUAGAGAGAGAGAGAGACAGAGACCAUUUGAAUCCAGCAUGCACAACUGUUUGAGGGAUUGAUGUGUAUGAGUGAUUUGUUGUUCUGACUGCGCGAUGGCCCUCAGGUCCAGAAGACCUUUGGUGAGCGUCAUCGUUGGGGUUUUUCUUGGCUUCACAGCCGCAUCGUGGCUGGUUGUGCCCAGAGUUGUGAAGAUCAGUGUGAAGAACAGAAGGUCUUCAGUGUGUACAUACUACAGUAGCGACAGGGCUCAGGCUAAAGUUUCAGGCACCGCCCACAGUACCUCAUCUACCAUUGGCAGACAGAAGCAUCUGCAGCCACUCUUCUCCAGCCAGGAAGGCAGUGAUGAAGGUGAACAGGAGCCUUAUGGGACAGGGAACAGUAGUGGUCCUGUACCUCCUGCUAGAUUCUUGUAUGUGGGGGUCAUGACAGCUCAGAAGUAUCUGGCCUCCAGGGCUGUGGCUGCCUACAGGACAUGGGCCUCCAACAUCCCUGGGCGGGUUGAGUUCUUCUCCAGUGAGGGCUCUGAGAAGGUCUCCCUGCCAAUUCCAAUGCCUGUCAUUCCUCUGGCAGGUGUCGAUGAUUCAUACCCUCCGCAGAAGAAAUCUUUCAUGAUGCUGAAGUACAUGCAUGACCAUUAUUUGGAUAAAUACGAGUGGUUUAUGCGGGCUGAUGAUGAUGUCUACAUUAGAGGUGAGAAGUUGGAAUUGUUUCUUCGCUCACUCAACAGCAGUAAACCGCUGUAUCUGGGUCAGACAGGUCUUGGUACUAGAGAGGAGCUGGGUAAAUUGGCCCUGGAGCCUGGAGAGAACUUCUGUAUGGGUGGUCCAGGGAUGAUUUUUAGCCGAGAAGUUCUCCGCAGGAUGGUGCCACACAUCGGCUCCUGUCUGAAAGAGAUGUACACUACUCAUGAAGAUGUGGAGAUAGGACGGUGCGUCAGGCGUUUUGGAGGGACCCAGUGCGUCUGGUCAUAUGAGAUGCAGCAGUUGUUCUAUGAAAACUAUGAGCACAACAAGAAAGGUUUUAUCCAGGACCUUCACAGUAGCAAGAUCCAAAAUGCCAUCACGCUACACCCCAACAAGCGUCAAACUUAUCAAUACAGGCUGCACAGCUACCUGCUCAGCCGCAAGAUCUCUCAGCUCCGGUAUCGCACGAUUCUGCUGCACCGUGAAGGUGUCACCAUGAGCCGACUCGGCAAUGCUGCAGUCCAGUGGGAGGACCAGCUAUUGGGGGCACCACUGUCCUAUACCCGCUAUAGCCCCACAGAGCGGGGAGGCGUCAUAGAGUGGGAUUUUCUGACAAGCAGGCACCUGUACUCCACCAGCGAGAGGCAGAUGCCCUAUCAAGGCCUUGGAAACAUGUACCGCUCAGCGCUUGAAGAUACAGUGCUUCAAGUGAUGGAGAUGAUCAAUGAGAACUCCAAAACUCGAGGCCGCAUCAUAGACUUCAAAAAGAUCCAGUAUGGCUAUAGAAGGGUGGAUCCACUUCAUGGUGCCGAAUACAUCUUGGACCUUAUGCUGCUUUACAAGAAGCACAAGGGUAGGAAAGUGAUGGUGCCAGUCCGGAGACAUGCUUACCUUCAGCAGUCCUUCAGUAAACCAUUCUUCAGUGAAGCAGAGGAACUGAAUGUUGGCGACAUGGUAAACGCCAUCAACGGUGACUCUCAUUUGCUCUCAUUCCUCUCCAGCUCGCUUAAGAUCUUCUCUUCCUUCCAGAUCUCAGAAUCCACAAAAGAGGUGCAAAAGCCAAUUCAAACAAAAAUCCACUUCCUUGUACCGCUCAUGGGCCGCUAUGAAGUUUUAGUACGUUUCAUGAAAAGCUUUGAGAGAAUCUGCCUGAUCCCGAACCAGAACAUGAAACUGACCAUGAUCCUGGUUGACAGUGAUACAAACCAGGAUAAGGAGAGACACCUAGAGCUGAUUAAGGAAUAUCAUGACAGAUAUCCUAAAGCAGACCUAUCUAUCAUACCCAUGAUGGGAAACUUUUCUCGAGGCCUGGCCCUUGAGAUGGGCUCUUCUCAGCUGGCUAACAACUCACUGCUGUUUUUCUGUGAUGUGGACCUGGUCUUCAACAUUGACUUUAUCCAAAGGUGUCGAGACAACACUGUGGAAGGAAGGCAGGUAUAUUUCCCUAUAGUCUUCAGUCAGUAUGAUCCAAAAAUUGUCUAUGCUGGGGGCCUUUCUGAAGAGAGCACCUUUGUUUUCACAAAGAAGAGUGGAUUUUGGCGAGACUAUGGAUUUGGUAUCACCUGCAUAUACAAAAGUGACUUGCUUAAAGCUGGGGGUUUUGACACCUCAAUACAAGGCUGGGGUUUAGAAGAUGUUGAUUUGUUCACAAAAGUCAUUAAUUCUGGGUUGAAAGUGUUUCGCUCUCAAGAAGCAGGUAUUGUACAUAUUUAUCAUCCUGUCUUGUGUGACACACAUUUAGACCCUAAGCAAUACAAAAUGUGUGUCGGGUCUAAAGUGAGCACUUAUGCAUCCACAAUGCAGCUGGCAGAAUUGUGGUUGUCCAAACAUUUAGGCAUUGAUUAUAACAGGACUUCCUCCUGAUGUUGCAAACAAUACCCAGCAAUCCCUGGAGUUUACCUCAGAUUGCAAAAGUGCAAAGCAAUUCAUUCACCGUAUGUGUGAUACUGGUAUCUGGAUGUAUGUACAUCCUAUCAAAUAAGCACUUUUCAGAUCCUUUAGUGUAACCUUGAAAUGUUUUUUUAUGCCUUCUCAGUAUGUUGCAGUAUCUUCAGAAGGGUAUUUAUUGAACAGGUCUAAAAAGAAGUCACUUUGGAAUGUAUGCUAUGAGCUUAUUCUGAGCUUUGUUUUCCAUCUUGCUUUCUUCUCAUACACUUAGGAGCAUAUUCUGUCACAUGUGAACAUAUCACAAGUUCACACUGCAGUGGUUAUAAUAGUAAUAAAGAUGACAAUAAAAAUUACCUAAAGUGCCACCAGGGCUUGAAAACGAAAAAAUAAAAUAAAAUAAAUAAAUCGGUUCACUCAGAGCAGAAUCGAUAUUUUAACGUUUCCUUUUCCUGCGUUCCCCUGAUAUUAUUACCAUUCCGAAACUGUUUGGGGUGGAAGAAAUACCGGUUAAUAACGUCAUUUAAAAAAAAAAAAAAAAAAAAAACUCUUUUCUUUACUCAAAAAGAAAAGGAACAAAUAGAGAUCUAACGGUUAGUCACAGCGAAUACAGCAUCAUCUUCUCUAGAUUUUGGGCAAA